ACGAAAUCUUCCCGCGAGUUAAACAUUGCGGAUUUUUUUGUAUAUGUUUUGAGACAUAUUAAAGAAAAACAACAACCAUUUAUUGACUAUCAAUGGUCACCUGAGAUUUCACCAUGGAUGAGGAGAACAACAACAACGCAACACUUUCCGAAGUAGAAGCGAAAAAAUCCGCGGAAAAACGCAAAAUUAAUGGGAACUUAGACGUAGAAUCCAGCGAAAGUAAACGUUUAAAAGGCGAUGAUGCAAAAGUGGUCGUUCCUCCACGCCCACCGCCUGUAAGCCCAAAAAAACGCCUUCAUCUCAAUGGAGCCAACCAAACUAACAAACCCAAGCAUGACAAGAAACUGAACUUUGUUUAUGGCAACUAUAAACACUAUUACGGCAAGCGCAUCCUUGACAAGGACUUCCACGACAUACGUCUUGAUGUUCUAGCUACCCAACCCGAUUUGUUGCGUGACAAGCAAGUGUUAGACAUUGGCUGCAAUUCGGGACAUCUCUCUAUUCAAAUUGCUCGGCAGUUUCACCUCAAAAGUCUCGUAGGCCUGGACAUCGAUCAAGGACUAGUCAAGGCCGCACAAUCCGCGAUUUAUAACCUGAAAAGUCCACAGAAUUCUGGUCCAGGAUUCCCAAACAAUCUUAGGUUUUUGCAGGGCAAUUACGUCCUUGAUGACGAUGUGUUGCUGGAGAUUGAGCGCCCGCAGUUUGAUGUGAUACUCUGUUUGUCAGUCACCAAGUGGAUUCACCUUAAUUUCGGUGAUGCCGGGCUGAAGCAGGCCUUCCGCCGUAUGUUCCUACAGCUGCGCCCAGGUGGCAAGCUAGUUCUGGAGCCUCAAGCCUUUGAUGGAUACAAAAGGCGUAAGAAGCUAUCGGAACAAAUCAGGGAAAAUUAUAAUAAUAUUAAAUUCCGCCCAGAACAUUUCACGGAAUACCUUCUCGGUCCAGAGGUGGGCUUUGCCUCCGUGGAUCUCAUGGGUAUACCUGAGCAUUGCAAGGCUGGAUUCAAGCGACCUAUUGAGAUAUUUACCAAACCUCAAGGAAUCAAAGACUCAAGUACAAACUGUGAUUAAGUUAAGGAUCCUUUAUCCUUAAUAAUCGUUUAUAAAUAAGUUAACAAAUAAGUCGUUGGAA